CGGGGUAUAUAUUUUCGGUUUGCUAAUUUGGGAAUGAGAAUUAAUGUUUUUAAUUUUAUAGAUAGAGAAGUGUUUCCGUGCAUCUAUUUAAUAUCAGUCUAAAUCAUCAUAGGUCGUAUUGUUGAUACCUAACAAAAGUUUAAACCAACGCGCUAACAUAACGAAAUAAUAAUCACUGCGAGUGUGAUAUUUUUAAAUAUAUAUUUUAUUUCAUAACAAAUGGACAACUACAUUUUGUCUUAUAUCUAUUUCGGUUCGAUCUUCAUAUAAAAUUUGUUAAGUGUAAAGUGUAUUUAAGAGAAAACAACAGAAAUGUCUGAGGGGCACGGUGAACCAAAUAUGUUGCGAAAGGAAAGUGUAGUCAAUGCGAAUGUUCCCAGUGACAGUCCUGUAACAGAUCCUGGGCAAGUUAGAGGUGGAAACUCAGAUGGAAAUGCUGGAAAAUUCGAAGGGCAACGCGUCAAAUCAGGUGCUCUUAAGAAGGCAGCGCGCUAUAGGAGCAGAUCGCUCUCGGCCUCUUCUGCAGAUUCAUAUAGCUCUACUUCCUAUACUGGGUCGUCGUCAGAUGAAGACGAAGGUGUUCAGCCGCAUGAGAAAGCAAUCGCCGCUGGUCAACCAAGUCCACCAUACUGUGUGCGCAAUGUGGAGCAGCAUGCUUUCGGAAGACGAGAAAUCGAAAUUGCUGAACAGGAGAUGCCUGGGAUUAUGGCGUUGAGGGCUAGAGCGAAAGAUGACAAGCCAUUGAAGGAGGCAAAGAUCGUGGGAUGCACACACAUAAAUGCACAAACGGCGGUACUGAUAGAAACUUUGGCAGCACUGGGAGCGACCGUCCGCUGGGCAGCCUGUAACAUCUAUAGCACGCAGAACGAAGUGGCUGCUGCGCUGGCGCAUGCUGGUUUUGCGAUUUUCGCCUGGCGUGGCGAAAGUGAAGAGGCAUUCUGGUGGUGUAUUGAUCAAUGUUGUACUCCGACAUCGUCUUGGCAGCCAAACAUGAUUCUUGAUGAUGGAGGUGACGCUACACACCUCAUGCUUAAGAAGCACCCAACUGCUUUUAAACAGAUCAAAGGUAUAGUAGAAGAAAGUGUGACAGGCGUUCACAGACUAUAUCAGCUGAGUAAGGCGGGGAAAUUGUGCGUUCCAGCGAUGAAUGUCAACGAUUCGGUCACUAAAACCAAGUUUGACAACUUGUAUUCUUGCCGGGAAAGUAUAAUCGAUGCGCUGAAACGUAGUACGGAUAUAAUGUUUGGUGGGAAGCAGGCUGUUGUGUGUGGCUAUGGUGAAGUCGGGAAGGGGUGCUGUCAGGCACUCAAGGCUCUGGGAUCUGUGGUGUAUGUGACGGAAAUAGAUCCCAUUUGCGCCCUCCAAGCGGCAAUGGAUGGCUUCCGAGUUGUCAAAUUAACUGAGGUGAUACGACAAGUGGAUAUAGUGAUCACGGCGACGGGCAAUAAGGGCGUGGUGACACGUGAGCACAUGGAGCGUAUGAAGAAUGGCUGCAUCGUGUGCAACAUGGGUCAUAGCAAUACAGAAAUUGACGUGCACGCGCUGAGAACGCCAGAUCUAUUAUGGGAACGGGUUAGGAGUCAAUCCCAUUCCCCAAAGGUGGACCACAUCAUAUGGCCGAACGAUAAACGCAUAGUACUUUUGGCGGAGGGCCGCCUCGCCAAUCUCUGUUGUUCCUCACUGCCGUCUUUCGUGGUUUCCGUAACAGCUGCUACCCAGGCCUUGGCGCUGAUCGAGCUGUACAACGCGCCUCAGCAUAGAUAUAAGGCUGACGUCUACCUCCUACCAAAGAAAAUGGACGAAUACGUCGCAUCACUACAUUUACCCACAUUUGACGCUCAUUUGACGGAAUUAAACGACGAACAAGCAAAAUAUCUUGGCCUCAAUAAAGUCGGUCCGUUUAAGCCCAACUACUACAGAUACUAGCACAAACAGAACGGGCCUAAAGCGCGGGUAACGCGGAAGAAGACGCCCAAGGACGUUUAGAUAUUUGAAAAUGGAACAGCUUAAUUUGAAUAUAGUUUUAACAAUGCUUUUAAAUUUGUUUAAUAUUUGUAUUUAACGAAAUAUCUAAAGAAACAAGCGAAUGUAAAAGUACUAGUAGCUGCAUUGAAACUGAACUAUUCACUACUAUGAGAUACUAUCAAAACGCACGCUUAGACAUUUGAAAAUGGAACAGCUCAAUUUGAAUAUAGUUUUAUUUCCGUUAUCCUAAUCAAAUGUGUUGGAAAAUUUGGAAUGUCUAUAGACUGCAAUAUUGUGCAAAGAAUUAAGAAAUUUGAAAAUGGAACAGCUCUAUUUUUAAUAUGUAAUUCAAUUUCCGUUUUCUAAAUAUUUGAAAUCUUUUAAAUUUGGAGUGCACGGAGAUUACAAUUUUAGCUGCAAUAAUAUUAUUAUGUAGAGUAAGUUUUUAUAAAUUUAACAGCUUUAUUUGAAUAUAGAAUUUUAUUUGCGUUUUCUUAAUCAAAUGUUGCAAUGCUUUUAAAUUUGGAAUGGAUGGGGAUUGCAAUAUUAUGUCAAUAUGUUUGAAAAAGGAACUCAGAAUAUUUAUUUGUCAGAGACAGAGUUGUUUUUGCAUUACAACCGAACUAUUACAGAUACACUCAUAGUCAAUAUGUAAUACCCUCCCGUACAGUAGAGAGGAUAGUAAAAAACAUAUUUGAAAAUAAUACCAGAGCUUAACUUGAAUAUAGAAUAUUGUUUGAGUUUGGAAUGUAUCGUUUAGUUUAAUUUUAAUUAUGUUAAUUAGUAGUGCGUUAUAUGUAAAGAAAUGUUAUAUGUUGGUCCAUUUAAGGCGAACUUAGGUAAAGCUUUUUAAAAAUAGAACAUGUAUUUGCAUAGAAUUUAAUUUGACGCUUGAAUUUAGAAUGUGUUUGCGGUAGCUUGUUUGAAUUUGGAAUUGCUUUUGAAUGUGGAUUAGAUUUCAGUAUUGUCAAUUUAAAUUCAGAACUUCAGUAUUAGCCGUGAAUAUUUGAAAAUGGAAUUGUUUAUUCAAUAACUUUAAUAUUUUGAUUCUGUAUUUCUUACAUUAACAGUAUUUUUGAACUGGCUGGUUUUAUUUGUGGUUAAAUUUAGAAUUUCAGUAUUAGUGAAUAUUUGAAAAUGGAACGUGAUUUUUUCUUAUUAUUAAUUCAUACAUUGCCAUUGGAAUUGUUUGUUACCAUAAAUAAUUAAAUAAAAGUAUUUUAUGUUCUGUAUUUUUUACCAUAACAGUAUUCUGGAAAUGGUUCUAUUUCUAUUUAAAUUAUGAAUAUUAUGUUUUAUUUAAAGAAUUAUUUAUUUGCCUUUCGUUGAUUAUAGUUUUAUCAUUCCUAAUUUAGUGUACCUGAUUUAAUUUAAAUUAUUAAUACAAUAAUAAAUCGGCACAACAAAGUCAUUUUUCUAAAAUCAAAGAAUUCGUGUCGAUGACUUCAUUAAGUAUGAACGAGGCUUCAUGUAUUUCUGACGUCUUCAGAUCGUCAUCAAUCUCAAGAUAAAGUCGAAAGAUGUUGCCAUGUAGAAGUACAGCCUAAAUGUAGUGAAUGUAAGAUUGUUGCCAUGUUUUAAUAAAUAAAGUAUAGAAAUUCA